CUAAAAUUAUAUAAUUGAAAGCAUUAAAAAGAGUUUCCUGUGGAACAUGAAUGGUAUUGGGACAUGUUGGCUUUGGCAUGAUAUGAUAUGACAGUGGUGGAAUGCAUACAUUACCGACGCUAUCUGUUGAGAGAGGAAGAAGGUUCCGGGAUUAAUUGAAGGAAGAAAUCCUUGUGUUGUGUUGUGUUGUUGUGUGAACAAAUCCUACAAAGACACAACACUGUCAACUGUUUCUGUUCACACAGAAUGUUGGAGUCAGUUUGGGUGGGGAGAAAGACAUGAUCUAUCUGUGUUCGCAGCACCACUGUUCCUCUGCCUCACCCUUAUGAAGAACAAACACCACACAGCCCUACCGCAAGAUAUAGCAAUCCCUUAGUACUUCACAAUCUUCUUCUGGGGGUGGCGGGGUGGAAGUAAAGUUGGUGACUUUGAGAUCUGGGUGGGGCUGAUAUGCAGAGAUUACGGGAAUGAACAAAUUGGAUUGGAUAUGGGGAGUCUUGCGGUUGAAACUGAGGAUGUAAGCUCAGAUAUGUACCUUUCAUUGGGGCUUAAGGAAACAGAUAAAGGAGUAGGAGUUCCUCGGGUUUUAUCACUUCUCUCUUCUGUUCUUGAGAGAUUAGUUCUGAGAAAUGAAACGCUAUUGGAGGCAAAUCACAUAAAAGAUGUUGUCACAGUAUUUCAGGGUUUAAGAGCUCCUACUCUGAGUGUUCGUAAGUACAUUGAUCGUAUAUUCAAGUACUCAGGUUGCAGCCCCUCUUGCUUUGUUGUGGCACACAUAUAUGUGGAUAGAUUUAUUCAGCACACAGAAAUGAAAUUGACUUCACUUAAUGUGCACCGGCUUUUGAUAACAAGCAUUAUGCUAGCCGCAAAGUUUAUAGAUGACGCAUUCUACAAUAAUGCUUACUAUGCAAAAGUUGGGGGAGUGAGCACAUCUGAAUUAAACAGGUUGGAGAUGAGUUUUCUGUUUGGAGUAGAUUUUAGACUUCAGGUUAGUGUAGACACGUUUGGAAGAUAUUGUAGGCAAUUGGAAAAGGAAGCAGCAGAAACACUACAAAUUGAAAGGCCAAUGCAGGCUUGUCGAAUUAAAGAAAGCUGGUCAAACAAAGACGACCCUACUUGUGCUUCCACAAUUGCAAGAUAAAAAUAUGGCUGCAACAAUGUAAUAUAGCUGUCCGCAAUUAACGGGGACAUUGAAAUUUGAAGUGUUUCAAAGAGAGAAAAGAUUGUUGUAUACAAUUCAACCAUUCUUUUACGGACACGAUUGUGGUUGGUUUUACUUGUUUUUUUUUUUUUUGUAUUUUGUUUGCCCCUUGUUUGUAAUUGCAAGCUUGGAACCACAGAGAUUGUGAUGAAAUUUUAUUCCUUACAAUUCAUUUGACUUUGCUUUAGUA